AUGGCUUCGCGAUUGGUGUUCUUCGCUUUUUGCUCGCUACUCGCCGCCGUCGGCCGCGCUCAGUCCGGGGAUGCGGCGGCGAUGCUGGAUUUGAGGAGAAACCUGAACAACUCGGGUCUACUCGGCUGGUCCGCCACUGACCCGUGCAAUUGGGAAUAUGUCCACUGCAUCAACGGGCGAGUCGUCAGGAUCCAAAUUGGGAAUCAGAAUCUUCGCGGGACUCUUCCUCCGAGCCUCAACAGCCUAACUUCUCUGCAGGUUUUGGAGGUCCAGGGCAACCAACUCACCGGGUCGCUGCCGAGUCUCGCCGGGUUGAGCGCACUCCAGACCCUUAUACUCAGCAACAACAAUUUCACCUCAAUCCCCGCGGAUUUCUUUGAUGGUAUGGCUUCUUUGCAAGAUGUUUACUUGGAUUACAAUGACUUACAAGCCUGGUCUAUCCCCAACAGUCUUAGAAACGCCUCUGCUAUGCAAACGUUUUCUGCAACCUCGACUAAUAUCAUCGGGCCUUUCCCUGAUUUCUUCGGGUCCGAUUCAUUUCCGAGCUUGACCACUCUAAGAUUGGCGUUUAAUAAUCUUGAGGGCCCGUUGCCAUCUACGCUCGCGAGCUCCUCGGUGCAGUCUCUGUGGCUCAAUGGCCAGAAAGGCACAAAAUUGAAUGGUUCUCUUGCUAUUCUGCAAAACAUGACUCAAUUGACUGAAGUUUGGCUACACGGCAAUGGGUUUACCGGGCCCUUGCCAGAUUUCUCUGGCCUGACUCAACUGCAGAAUUUGAGUUUGAGGGACAAUAGCUUGACUGGCCCUGUGCCAGACUCCUUAGUGAACAUGGACUCUCUCAAAGUGGUCAACUUGACGAAUAAUCUGCUGCAAGGGAAAACCCCUAAAUUUCAUGAUCGAGUACAGGUGGAUAUAUCCGAGGAUACAAACAGUUUUUGUUUGGCCGAAGCUGGUGCAGAUUGUGAUGCGCGGGUGAAUAUUUUGCUUAGUGUGGCACGGGACGUAGGGUAUCCCAUCACAUUAGCUGAAAACUGGAAAGGGAAUGACCCCUGUGUUUCAUGGAAGGGAAUCACUUGUGACAACGGGAAUAUCACUGUGGUGAAUUUUCAUGGACUGCAACUCAGUGGAAUUAUUUCCCGUAAUUUUUCACAGAUCAAGUCCCUUGAAACACUGAUUUUGUCGAACAAUAACUUGACGGGUACCAUUCCAAAUGAGCUGGCAACCCUGCCUCACAUUGCCAAAUUGGACGUCUCAAACAAUCAAAUUUAUGGACAUCCUCCACCUUUUGGGCCUAAUGUGAUUCUCAUUACCUCCAACAACCCAAAUUUUGGUAAGGAUGCCCCUCCUCCCAGCACGCCUAGUGGAAAUGGAAAUUCGCCUGGGUCACACUCGAGUAACAGCAGCUCGGGAAACAACAUUGUGGGAAGAUCCUCUACUGGGGUUGUUGUAGGAUCUGUAGUCGGGGGUGUUUGUGUCCUUCUCUUUGCAGGAACUUUGGUUUUCUGCCUUUACAGAAUCAAACGCAAGAGGAGUGGGAAGGUUCAGUCACCUCAUGCUAUGAUCAUACACCCCCGGUACUCGGGCUCAGAUGAUGCCGUGAAGAUCACCAUUGCUGGUUCUAGCAUUAAUGGUGGUGGGUUGAGCGAGACCUAUAGCCACAUGAGUAGCGGGUCUGGUGACCUCCAUGUUGUGGAGGCUGGGAAUAUGGCGAUCUCAAUCCAAGUACUGAGAAAUGUGACGAACAACUUCAGCGAGCAGAACAUUCUUGGUAGGGGUGGAUUUGGAACUGUUUACAAAGGUGAGUUGCAUGAUGGGACUAAGAUUGCCGUUAAGAGGAUGGAAUCUGGUGUGAUGAGUGAAAAGGGCUUGGAUGAGUUCAAAUCUGAGAUUGCUGUGCUUACAAAAGUUCGGCACAGGCAUUUGGUGGCUCUCUUGGGUUAUUGUUUGGAUGGAAACGAGAGGCUGCUUGUUUAUGAGUACAUGCCUCAGGGGACCCUGAGCAGGUUCUUGUUUGACUGGAAAGAGGAAGGCUUGAAACCUCUUGAGUGGACGAGAAGACUGACUAUUGCUCUUGAUGUUGCUAGAGGAGUUGAGUACCUGCAUGGUUUGGCUCAGCAGAGUUUUAUUCAUAGGGAUCUUAAACCAUCCAACAUACUAUUGGGAGAUGAUAUGAGGGCAAAGGUAGCUGACUUCGGACUCGUUCGGCUUGCUCCUGAUGGGAAAAACUCGGUUGCUACUAGAUUAGCUGGUACUUUUGGCUAUCUAGCUCCAGAAUAUGCAGUGACGGGCCGGGUCACGACCAAGAUCGACGUGUUCAGCUUUGGAGUCAUCCUGAUGGAAGCCAUCACGGGUCGCAAGGCCCUCGAUCAGAAUCUCCAGGACGAUCAGCAGCACCUUGUCCCAUGGUUCCGGCGCAUGCUCAUCAAUAAGGAAACCUUCCGGAAGGCCAUCGACCCCACCCUCGACCUCGACGAUGACACCCUCGCCUCCAUCUCGACUGUGGCCGAGCUUGCAGGCCACUGCACAGCCCGUGAGCCCCACCAGAGGCCCGACAUGGGCCAUGCAGUCAACGUACUCUCUGGUCUGGCUGAGCUAUGGAAGCCCUCUGAGCCCGCUGACCCGGAUGAUGUUUAUGGCAUCGACUACGACAUGACUCUGCCUCAAGCUCUGAAGAAGUGGCAGGCCCUUGAGGGGGACAGCGGCUUUGAUGCCUCGUCUUCUUACAUCGGGAGCGGUGAUAAUACACAGACGAGUAUUCCGACCAGGCCAUCUGGCUUUGCCGACUCUUUCACGUCAGCCGACGGGCGGUGA